AUGAAGCUGUCUGGAGCUUUCGUCGUCUUGCUCGCGGCCUGGCCCAUGGCCACCGCGGUUCCCUUCCGCAUGGUGGACAAGCUGGCUCCCGUCAGAAGAGAGGUUGGACCUCGCGCCCCCACCAAGGCGGAUGGAACCAGCUUCCCCCUAGGCAAUAGCACGACCAUCGGUACACGGCCGCUCGCUACAAACGGCAAGUCUCUCGACUCGAACGAAUCUCACCGCCAAGGCCUAGGUUAG